GUCCAUUAAAAACCUCGAUUUUUUUACUUUGGUGUUUGUACUGAAUUAUACGUGAAAUACUCUGCUCUAUUUGAUCCUCUUUCUGUGUAAAAUUAACAUACGCAGCGAAAGGAGUGAACAAGAUUCCAAACCAUUGGACGCAUUUUAUAUACUAAACAACACAUGAAUUUGUAAGGAUUCCAUUGAAAUUGAACAAAAUAAUAGAAAAAGUCGGCUUUUUUAAUUUAUUGAGAUGGAAUCGAUUAUUGGUAGACAUAGUCGAGAUGAAUCCUUCUCGCGUUCAUGCAUCGCUACUCCGAAUGUCCUCGACGACCAAGAGGAAAAUAGUGAACGUCCGUUUUCAUAUGUACAAUCAUUGAGAAGAGCGAGGGCUACCGUCUGGAGUGAUCAGGGUCGUGCAAAGCCCUUGCAGUCUACUCCUUCCUGGAAAAGUUCCUCUCAGAACAGCAAAAAGGAUUCUAGCAAAGGAUUGGGAGGCAUGCGUUCAAGAGUCUUUUCAAGUCAACAUCACGGUGUAUAUCAUACUCGACCGGCUUCGUUGAAAUCUCGAACAAUGGCCCCUCAACAUACCAUCCUAACACCUCGACUCUCUGCAACUGAAGGCAAAGACGACGAUGAAGACGAUGUAGACAUUUCCACUUCCAAUACAGCCCCUACUUAUAUGUCUAUGAUCAAUUCCUCUCGUGCUAGCUCCACGCGCAGUGGUACUGCCCCAUCUGCACCUUCUAUCAUGGGCAUGUCUAUUCAUUCUCAAGCUGAUACUACUCACUCAGAAGGAUACGAAUCCAGAAGCGGCUCCCCAACUCACGACAUUCAAUCCUACCUUGUCAAUCACAGUAGUGAUUCAGAAGAUUCUGACUGGGAAAGUGGUGAAGAAGGCGUAAAGCGUCUAGUUAUUACCAAUAUAGCUAAUGAUGAUGAACUGGAUAGUGACUAGUCACAUUGAAUGAAUGUGCUCCAUUUUUUAUACCCAUGCUCUUGAUAUAUAUGACCUUGCAUCUUGUUUCUUUUGAUGUCCCUUAUGCUUCUUCGACUUUGCACUUGUGUUCAUCUUCGUUUCUUUUUUCAUUUUCUAUUCUUUUAAGUUAUGUUUCGAACGGUUUCAUCGUUCCUUUUCUCAUGGUUAGGUAGAUGACUUUCCGCUUUUUUCUUCUCCCCUAUUUAUUAUUUGAAUCUAUAGUUGAUAAUUAUUCGGUUUUCAUUUGUCAUCUUAAUUCUUCUACCGUAGGAAAGAAAAUACGGACCAUUCAUUU